CCGCUAUGGGCGCGUUAUCCCAGUGUGGGCACAAAAUAACAUGGUAGCAGGUGAAUUUAUAACACCGGUCAUCAGUUAUCAUGUCUCCGCGUUAAGAUAAAUAACGGAAUGGUGAUCUAAUGGUGGCUGCAGGAUGAGAAAAGUAAGGGUGUUGUUGGAAGGGGGGGGGGGUUGUUGUGUUUUCAUCAGAGGGGUCUCUGCACGUGCAGGUCAGCUAACUGAAGGUCACCUGAGCACAGAGGGUUAGGUGAGUACUUAGAAGAUACACACAGUGUUUUAAAAUGCAAAACCAGCUUACCCAAAACAUCAGCUGCCCUGUGUCGUGCAAUGAAGCAAGCAUCAUCUCCGUAGCACAUUCCUUUCUUCAGGAUUCCCUUUCUAAAGUCUUUACCGAAACCAUAGCUGGCGCUGAUCAGGCUGUAGUCCCGACCGUCCGUCUGAGAGAGUCCGCCAAGGACAGCCCUGGCUACCAGUCUGCCAUAAGACAGUACGGAUAACAUCCCCCGCAAAGGAGCUACCCCGUCUUUCAGAGCAAACGCACACACUGUCCCCCCACUCCCCCCUACCCGGCCCGGCCGCCUGCCUGCCUGUUCGGCUGCUUCUUCACUUCAAGUCCCGGCUGUUUCUUUAUCCGGCCAUGCGUUCCCCCAGCGCCCCGCUCCCGUGAAUUGAAAACAAAAACGUGGCUGCUGCAGUCGUCUCUAAAAAAGCCACUGCCGAUCUUUUCCCGGUGAACGUAGAGAUUAUGACUCAGGUAAACAUUUCAUGAGUUCAGUUCCCCCGCUUGGCUCUCUCCUCACCGACAUGUUUCCACUGUGUACCGGACAGACAGCUGCGAGUACAUACGGGUGUUUCGCCGUUGACAAUCGUGACGUCACAAUUCCCGGACAUUACCCAAUGACAGAGCAGCCCGCAGUCCAGAGGCACCUGCAGUUCCCAGGCCUGCCGAGAGCGAGAGCUCGGCAUGACUGAACUGCGCAGGCUUCAGAGGUGCGUUCGUUUUAUACAGUCGCACCUGACGGUCGGACGGCAGGGGCGUAGUGAUCAGCACGGCAGUUCUUUUAGAUGUACAGAAUCACUAGAAUCAGUUCACUAAAAAGAUUCGUUCACCAAAUCACCGAAUCUUUAGCGAGAGAAGCCUGUGGCUGUGUCCGAAAUGGAUCCCUAACCUCUAUAUAGGUGACUGUAUGGGGGUUAGCGCCAUUUUGAGGGGUGUCUGAAACCUGAGUAAUCAAUUCCAGUGGCCUAUAUAGGCAACUGAGAAUUUCCCAUAAAGCAUUGCAAAAUGUAGUGACCAUCCGAUGGUCACUCACCGGUGGUGGGCAUCCUGUCAUGCAUUGCGUCUUGCCAUGUAGUGUCUGAAACCUCUGGUGAUUGAGUUCACUACAUAGUUAACCAUAUAGUGAAAACCUGUUUGGGGGUUGGGGUUAGGGAUUGAGUGAUUCAUUUCGGACACAGCCUGUGACUCCGACCUCCUGAACUAAUACACAGCUGAACGGUUUAGGAUUCAGUUCAAUUCAUGGCUUUUGGGACCAGGAAGAGAGUGUUUGGCUGUGUUGCUUUGCCAAACAGGUUUGUAAAACUGAACUUGUUUAUAAGUCAUGAUGUUUUAAGUGUACUGUCCUAUGGUAUGCUAUUUAUCAGGUCUGCUCGGCAAAUUGGGGUGAGUGAUUCGUUCACUGAACAUUUAGAAUAAUUCACACUGAACAUACAUUGUUUCUUCACAAACCGCUGCAAUGAUAGGAUGCUGCGGGUUUAAUGCACUACUUGUUACAUACUGUGUCCUGUUGUAUGCAAGUUGUUGUGGUGGAAAUUUACCAGUGGAAAAAAAAGGUAGUUUUGUCUGACAAAAAUUACUACAGGGAGUGUAGUUCAAUGCAUGAUUCGUUCACCAAGUGAUUCAGGCGGCGGUGCAUGUAGUCCCUCGUUCGCCAGCUGCUGGCCUGGCAAUGUAGUUUCUCACUUCAGCUCAACUGAAGUGAGAAACGAACAAAUCACUUGAGGAAGUGAUUCGGUUCAGUACGUUCACUUAAAUGAUUCGUUUUUGAACGAAUCGUUCAUCAACGGCACAACACUACAACCUCGGCACUGACCUACCCGUUACUUGGUCUAUGAAACAUUUUUGUGAAUAUACAAAUUAAAUUGCCUGUCUUUUAGAAAUAAAUCUAGACAGUUAGCUCAGAUGUAGCUAUCUAUAUAUGUGUGAUACUCGUCCACACUAAAAUGAAACGUUAGAAAGUUAGAUACAUAAGGGGAGGUGUUGGAGUUACGUUUACUGAGGUCACAGUAAAGUGUUCCCGCCUCCCUUUGCUGGGGGGAACUGCUGCGCAUUAAAACGAGCGCAACCCUUUCGGACGGCAUCACAACGACAAGGAGCCUGUAACCAUAACGGUGCCGUGAGAGGGCGAGAGGACGGCAGCGCAUUUAGCCGAUCUACCAUCGAAACAUCCAGAAACGAAUCACCGGUUUAUGGUAAGCGAUAAUUCAUAAAUAACAGAUGAUAAUGUUAAAUGAAUGUUGGUGCUUAUCACCGAUUUGAGAGCGUUAAUCGCUUAAACGUCAGGGGGAAUGUUUAAUGUGACGUUAUUCAUUGGCCUAUGUGUAGCCAAAAGGCGGUGCGAUGAUUGAAAAUCUCUGUUUUCACAACAAACACAGGUCUCUCAUCGUUUAGUGGUAGUCAGCAAAUGUACUUUGUUUUUACAUCUCCUUAGAUUAAACAAUAAAUUGUAAGAGCUUCGCUUGUAUAUCGGUCGAACUCAGUUGUACAAAGACUGUUUUGAAAAGAACAUUUAAAGGUACAUCCGUCUAUUUGAUGGCUCAUUGAAGUAUUUGAAAUAUGAGACAUUUUCCAUCGUUUGGCCCUUCUGUUCUGUGUUAUGAAAGGCAUCCCAUGCAUGUUGGCCCAGCUGGGUAAACAACAAGGCAAUCCAUGUUUAUUAUGCAUGAUUUUAUUUAACCAUCGUCUUUUAACAUUAUUCUCUCAGGGAUCAUGAUGGGGAGGUUGUGUGAGUUCACACUUUUGGUCCUCCUUUCCAUAUUACUACUGAACACUGAGUCCACAUGGGCUAAGAGAGGAAGCAGCAGCAGCAGCAGCAGCAGCAGUAGUAGUAGAAAAACAUCGUCUACCAGCAAUAGGGGUGGGUCACAUUCAAAACCAUCCAGCUCUCAGCCAGCAAGCUAUCCACGGCAGCCACAAAGUCCCAACCGCAACUCCAAUCCAUAUCCCGGUGGUGGAAGUUACCCAGGAGCUGGUAACACUAAUCCAGGAGGAAACCCCAGACAAAACCCACCAAGUUAUCCAGGAGUAGGCAACAGUAAUCCUGGAGGAUACCCCAGACAAAACCCUCCAAAUUAUCCAGGAGGUGGUAGUUACCCUAACCAGAAUCCAGCGAGAGCCAAUCCUGGAGGGUAUCCAAACCAGAACCCAGCAGGAGGUUAUCCAGCAGCAGGUGGGUACCCAGCAGGAUAUCCCAACCAAAACCCAGGUAGAGGGAAUUAUCCAGCAGCUGGAGGCUACCCAGCAGGUGGAAGUUACCCCAAUCAGUAUCCAGGCAGAGCUGGUACCAACCAAGGGGGAUACCCCAACCAAAACCCGGCUGCAGGAGGCUACCCAAACCAAUAUCCAGGAAGGAACUAUCCCAAUCAGUACCCAGCAGCAGGCGGCUAUCCUAACCAGUACCCAGCAGCCGGUGGUUACCCAGUCAGAGGGGGGAACACAGGACAGGGUUGGGGUCAGGGUGGUAUGAAUCCAGGGGGUUACCCUGGUGGCGGGUACGGUGGUGGGUACGGGGGUGGGUACGGUGGAGGGUACGGUGGUGGUUAUCCAGGUGGUCAGCCCAACUGGAACCCUAAUAAUAAAAUCCUAAGUCCCCGCUACGGUGGAGGAGGCUACGGAUAUGGGGGUUAUGGGAUGGGUGGGUCACCCUUUUCUCGAUCAGUUCAGAGUAUGGGAUACCAGCCCAAGUCCUCAGGUUUUGCAAAGAAAGCUAUGUUAGCAGCAGGUGUUGGUGCAGUAGCUGGAAUGGCUGUAGGAUACGGUCUGGGGCGCUUCCCUCGACCACAUUUCAACUUCCGCAGCCCUGAAGAAGAGCAGUACUACAACAGCUACAUGUACCGCCAAUAUGGCACCAAGUCCACAGACCAGAAAGACUAUGGUCGUGAUUAUGUGUACAAGCCCCCACCUCGGGCACAGUCAUAUGAUGCCUUCAUGGAUAAAUGCAUGAAUGAGACCGCCCCUCCCAAAGAUAAGAGUAGCACCACCUCUGGAAGUCAGGGUGGUGGUGAUGAAGAUGACGACACUGUCAGCAUUGAGGAGAUCGGAUACCCAUCCCUCAUUUCGCAAGUAAAAGCCCGGCGCUGUGUUGAACAGUACAUGGCAUACUCUGAGCGCUUUCUGGAGGAACGAAAAGCUGAACAACAAUUUGCAUCACCUGGUGGAAACAGCCCCCCGAGCUACAGCAUGAUGCAGCUCUUCUCCUCUCUCUGUGUGCUAAUGUCCAGCAUGCUCCUUCUCCAGUAAAAACAGGUACCCUUCCUUUCACCCCAGCGAGCCCAAAUGGAUUUCUACUUCCUCCAUUAUAUCUGCACGUCCAUAUAGUGCUAUUAUCCUCUUUGUAAAUCAAUAGCUGUACACUUUCAAGCUUUUCAGGUUGGUUAAUCCUUUACUACAUUACUAAAAAGUAACAAGAUAAUGUGUAUAUAGCUACAAAGUGAGUUAAAACUCAACUUUGUCAGGUCAACAGUUAUGUGACGUACAAGCUGCACUCAGAUUUUAUUUGUCUUUUCUGUUAAUUUGCACUUUUUACUAAGUACGGUUAUUUUACAUUAUUGUGCACUUAUUGCAUAAAGAUUUUGGAGUUUUGAGUUUUUUUCUCUCUCACAGUUCAAUGUGACACUGCUGUUAUUUUAGACGAGAAUGUAAAGUGAAGUGUUUUAUGUACAAUAACAUCCAACAAGUCAUUCCAACAUUUUAGUGAUUCAAUUGAUCGAAAUUUUUAUUUUUAUCCUUUGUGUGAAAACCAUGAUUUUACUUCAGUUUUGACAAAUUUUAACAAAAGUAUAGAGAAAUUGUAUUUGUUUUUUUUACUAGUAAUUGCUUAACACAUUUAUCUGUGGUGAAAUUCAGCCAUUUGGGACGAUUCAAUAUUCUUUGAUCAAGGGUAAUUUAAAGUAAUCAAACCUGAUGUUAGUUUCCCAUUGCAAGAUGCUAUCUAGAACUAUUUUAUGAAAAGGAAAGCACCACUUUGAUUUCUCUCAAUGAAAAACAAGAUGACUCAACCAUGGUGGGAAAUAUUGGAUGUCCAAUUUUCUGUAUUCCAAUCAUAACACUGAAAUACUUUCAUGAUACCAUGAGUAAAUAAUAGCCAUACUUCUCAGGAACAUAAUAUGACACUCUUUUUUUAUUUAUCUGUAUCAGGCUUCAUCUAAUGGGUCGUUUCAUGUUCAUGUUGACUUGAAGUUUUGCAGUUCUGUGCAAUGCUAGUUUGGUAAAAACUGGGAUGAGAUUGAUGUUUGGAAAUGAUGUACUGGCUAACUCUGCUGUUUAUUUAUAUAACACUACACUCAUCACAGUCAGUCUUUAAUGGCCGUUCUUACGAACAGUCAGGGCAGAUUUACCCUGUUACCAGAAUCACAGGCUUAAAAAUAGUGGAGAAUACAUAGGGUGUUGCCUCACUACUGUAAUGGUUUGGAGAGUCCAGUGCUUGGUGCCAACCCUGGAAAUACUUGUUCAAGUCCUUCCUUAGGGAAUCUCAGUCUUUCCGGACUAAUUUUCUGGGUUUGAGCGGGUAAACACAUCUUUGGGUUUUUCUCCAAUGACUUAAUUCCACGGCUUCCUUAGGGGGAAAAAAGUUUUCCCUUUUCUCUCAAAGGGAGCUCAGUUGACCUUUCACUCCAUGUGGGUUGUGACAUUGUGUAUAGUGUGAUUUAUAUGUACAGUACAGAUUAAUUUCUGAUUUCAGCUCAUGUUUUUUAGCUGGCUGCUGCAUUUUUCCUUAUUUAUCUCAUGGUUCUUUAAAAGCAUAUUGUGAUUAUGUUUGGAUUGUACUACCUAAGUGAUGGUUUUUCAAGCUAUGGUAAGAUAGUCUAAUGUCAAAGGCAUUUUCACUGAACCUUUAAAUUCAGAUUAAUCACUGUUACAAAGUGGUAGUUUAUUCAGUUAAGUCUAUUGUAGUGCUGCUCAAAAACAGAUUGCACUAAACAGUAUAUCUGUUAUUGGGUUUGCAGAGAUGUUCAUGCAUCGUAUUAUUUCUUCUCCUCCUUAUUGCAUGUUGCUCCCAUCUGCCCAUUUUGGCAAACCAUUUUUAAAUAGAUUUUGACAUUUUCAUACAGUCUUGGUUGUAAUAUCUGUAAAGUGCACUUAUUCCCUUUAAGGAUAAGACAAUUUUCAAUGUCAUUGAGCCCAUGUUCUGGUGGACCUACUGCUUGAAUUUUCUGAACAUCACUUGCAAAUGUAAACACUCUGGAUUAUUCAUAAAGUACUAUGACUAGUUUGGUUUGCCUUGGAUGUUAAUGUGUUUAAUAAAAUCACUAACAAAAGAGUG